AUGUCGUCUGAUUUACCGACCGAGCAGAUGGCUUCAUACUCUGCCAUCAUCGACGACAUACUCGCUUCCGCCGAUCUCGAUGUCAUCUCUGCCAAAGCCCUUCGCAAGGGUCUACAGGCCAAAGUCGACUAUGAUCUGUCGGAGCAGAAGGAAGCCAUCACGGCUCUGAUUAUGCAGCGCUUCGACAAAGCCCAGCAACAACGAGAAGCGACCACCACAACCGAGCCUGCACCCACAACCAACGGCACACACGGCACCACUCACCACGAAUCUGCCUCCCCACCACCCUCCCACAAACGCAAAGCCGACACAGACGACGACGACGAAGACUCCUUCAGCGACGUCAAAGACAGCCCGCCUCCUCCGAAGAAGAUGAAGAAAGCACCAAAAUCAGAAGCCGAAAGCGACGAGCAAAUCGCCCGACGUCUCCAAGCCGAAUUCAGCGCAGGCGGCGGCCGCUCCACGCGAGGAGGCGGCGCAGCAACAACGACCAAGAAGAAAAAGUCCAUUACGAAAAAGGACAAGAAACCCAAGAGGAAAUCCGCCACGAAAAUCCACUCCGACGACGACAGCGACGUCGCCUCCACCUCCCCGAAACCCGAAAAGGAAAAAAAGGGCGGCUUCCACAAACUCAUGAACCUCUCCGAACCCCUCACCGACCUCCUAGGCGAAAGCCAACUCAGUCGACCCCAGACGGUAAAGCGGAUAUGGGCGUAUGUGAAGGAGCGGGAUCUGCAAGACCCCAGCGAUAAGAGGCAGAUCCGGUGCGAUGAGAAGAUGCGGGCCGUGUUUAAGACGGAGAAGGUGCAUAUGUUUACUAUGAAUAAGGUGCUUGCGACGCAGCUGUGGCCAGCGGAGGAGGUGGUUUGA